AUGGCGUCGUUGUUCCAUCUCGGAUUCACCUUGCAACGGAAGUUCUUGGAGCGCUAUUUCAUCUUCUUCGACUCGGUGGACUACUUCAAUCUGUUCAACACUUUUGGGACUCUGUUCGCCAUGCACUAUGAUGCGAAAGGGCUUCGGAAACUGCUCUGGACAGCCUACAGGACGCUGUACGUGCUCUCCUAUCUGUCCUACUGGUACAAAGCUGGCUGGAUGUUCAACCACUGGGAGUACAACACGGCUUCGGCGAACGUUCUCGGCGCGCUGGGGCUUUGCAGCGGAGCCUUCCUUAGAAUGAUUCUAUUCGAGCAUCACUAUCCUGACCUCAAGCAGUUACAGCGAUUCCUUAACGAUCGGACAUACCAGGGUAGCGAUCCGUCCUGGGCCAGAGAGCGCCGAUCCAGGUUGUAUCGCCAUAACAAUCGGUUCCUAGUGCUACUAGUCUCCGCCAUCGUGCUGGAGUCGCUCUGCUUUUUAGCACGGCUUCUGCUGACUCGCCGGGAGUUCAUGCUGCAGUACAACGGGGAGGUUGUGGGAGGAUCGCUGUUGCAGAUUGUGUACGGAACGGUAACGGCGGGCUGGGGUAUCGUGUACGUGCUGUCGUUCAUCGUAUUCUACAUGCUCAUAGAGGGCUUUCGCUUGGAGAUGGAGAUUCUGGUGCAUUCUUUUCAGCAACUUGAGGAUUCGCUGUUGAUCAAACACGGAGAGUUUAUCCGUACGGGGUUACCCAUGGGUGAGGGGAACGAACUGGCGUUUUGGAGUGACCUCAAACACAGACUAAAUGAACGAAUUAGGCGACACGUGGAGUUAUUACAAAACCUCCGUAAACUCCGCUCGAUCGUCGCUCCGUUCGCGUUCCUACAGUACUACAGCACCUUCGGGUUGAUAGCGGACUCGUUCUUCAUCGUGUCUUUCGAGGGAUUCUCUGGCUACAGCAUGGCCUACGUCCUGUUCGCCUCCUUUCUUAUCCUGGAGUCGUUCCUCCUAAGCCGAGGUGUAGAGCACUUAACCGAGUUGAACCUUCAGAUUGGAACAGCUCUGUAUGAGUUCGAUUGGCCGCAGCUGUUGCGCUACUCGACUCGCUUUCGCCGAGAGUACAAUGGCAUCCGACGUACCAUGUUGCUGACGAUUGUGCAGUCACAACGUUCACUUAAGUUCAACUACGGAGCGCAGGAGCAAAUUUCAAUGAACAGUUUCGCGGAGCUGAUGCAGAAAAGUUACUCCAUGCUGACGUUCAUGCUUCAGCUUGGCCGCUAG